UUGAAUUUGACAAUUGGACUCUAUUACUGCAAUACAAUAUGCCAACAGAGAGCUUAUCAGGUAAGCGGAGCCAACGGUGGUCUUCUUCAAUGGCCGGUAUUCAUAAGCUUCCAGUUAGGAGGCACUUCUUCAAGGUUAUGAUGGGAGAUUUCCGAACUAAACUGUCUCUACCGCUGGCUCUCCGUGGACAGCUGAAGGGAGAGAAGGCAGUAGUGAGAAGUUCUAAAGGGUUAUGGCAUAUUAAAGUUGGCAAAUGCAGCAAAGGGUUGCUUUGCUUUGAAGAAGGCUGGGGAGAUUUUGUUAAGCAUCAUGACAUCAAUUUUGAGGAUUUUGUGGUUUUUGAGCACAAAGGGAACAUGUUUUUUGAUGCUCUAGUGUUCGAUUCGAGUUCGUGCGAGAAAGAAUUUCUGAUUUCCAACAAUUCGGCUAAUAAUAAGAAGAAAAACAAGGAGAAGGUUAAUAAUCUUCACACAGGAGAAAGCCCACUGGAGGCUGCUAGAUCCUGUUCUCCAAAGACUCCUCAUUUCAUAACAACUAUAGAAGCAUCUAAUGUAGCUGAUGCUGGUUCGUAUCUGCAUAUCCCUGAAGAAUUUGCAAAAUCAAUUAAUCUUGUUCGAUCAUCAAUAUUGAUUCUCCGCAACUCUUCAAGAAAAAUAUGGCCAGUGAAGCUUUCUGCUAUUAGGGACUCCAAAUGUAAAGCCGCAAGGGUAUUAAUGAAAAAAGGAUGGGCUGAUUUUUAUGUUGACAACAAGUUGAAGGAAGGAGAUGUUUGCUUAUUUGAGCUCGAUCUCAGCAGAAAAGAAACAUCUCGUGCUCUUAUCAUGGAUGUGCAAAUUUUUCCACUGCUGAUCAUGGUAGAAGAGAACCCAUUGAAGAUGCUAAGUGCAAGACGGCCUUGUUUCUUAGAGAUUUUUUCCUCUAAUUUAACUGCGGAAAGACUGAGAAUACCUGCAAGAUUCACAAAACAUAUGGAAGGAAGAACGUCUGGAUCAGUUUCUUUAACUGGCCCUAGUGGGAAUAUCUGGCCUGUUAACUUAAUUCAGGAGAAUGAUAAUAUAUUCCUUGAUCAUGGAUGGCCGACUUUUCUGAAAGAUCAUUUCAUAGAAUGUGGUGAUGUUUUGGUUUUCAGAUAUGAUGGUGAAUUGUGUUUUACAGUGCAAGUAUUUGAUCUUAGUGCAUGUGAGAAAGAAGCUGCAUUUCAUACCAAAUGCAGUCAAGACCCUAGCCAGUUUUAUAGAAGUAUUGGGCAGAAAAGAGAAAGGGAGGAGGAAGCUGCAUCUUCAGAUAAAAGUGAUGAAUGUGUUACAAAGAAAGUUAAGGGGGAGUCUUCUGAACAUUUAGAACAUGUAGAUGCUGCGACUAGAAAAUGCCAAGAGGAGAGUUCCUCCCACAAAAUGAAGCAAUAUGAAGGAAAUUGCAAUGAAAUUCCAGAUGCAACUAUCCAAAACAGAAUUGGAAAAGAAGGUAAGAAUAUGCCUGACAGAGGCUAUGGGUCCAUUUUCUCGGAGCGUGAGAAAAGAGUUGCACAAUCGUUCAUCUCUUGCUUUCCUUAUUUUGUGAGGAUCAUGAAAAGGUUCAACGUCAGCGGUUCAUAUACUCUGAAUAUACCAUAUCAAUUUUCUACGGCUCAUCUUCCAGAUUGCAAGACGGAAAUUGUCCUUCGUACCAUCAAAGGAGAAUGUUGGACUGUAAAUUCUGUGCCAACAACAAGAGUACACACAAGUCAUACUUUCUGUGGAGGAUGGAUGGCCUUUGUCCGCAGUAAUGACAUCAAACUGGGAGAUGUUUGUAUUUUUGAGCUUGUACGCAAACAUGAAUUACGUGUGUUUAUUCUUCGAGUUGGAAGGGAAUUCCUGGAAAACCAAGGUGGAAAAGUGGCUUCUGAUGGGGUAAGUGUUGGGUGUAAUGCCAUUUCGCACAAAAUCGAAAGUUUUCCAAAGAAAUCGAGAAGGACUGCUUUAAAGCUACAUUCACGGCUCAUCAGUAAGGUAGAAAUAUGUGAUAAAAAGGGGUCUAACAAGAGCCAAGAAGCAACAUUUUCCAAUCACACAAGGAAACAUGACAAAGCGACAAAAGUCUCUGCAAGUGGUGCACUGUGCACUCAGUCUAAACUUGGCAAUGAAAAGCUGGAUGUGGCCAUUCGUAGUGGAAAGAAUUUAGAUAUUGAACUGAGUUCACAUGCUGGAGCUAGUGUGAAAAUGAUGGUAGCACUCGGUGAAAAAGAUGCAGCCAAGUCUUUUACCUCAGCUUUUCCUAAUUUUGUUAGAAUCAUGAGAAAGUUCAACGUCAGUGGUUCUUAUACUUUGAAAAUACCUCACAAGUUUUCUGCAGCACAUCUCCCCAAUAGCAAAACAGAAAUUAUCCUUCGUAAUUUACAAGGGAAACGCUGGACAGUAAAUUCAGUUCCAGACUCAAAAGGGCGAGCAGUGCAUACAUUCUGUGGUGGAUGGAUGGCUUUUGUUCGCGAGAAUGAUGUUAAAAUGGGAGAUAUCUGCAUAUUUGAACUCGUUAGUAAGUGUGAAAUGCUAGUGCAUAUAUCUGGAGUUGGAGACGAAGCGUUCUGUCCUUCAUGAGGCAUGAAGAAAAUAUUGGUGGUGGAAGCGGAGACAGAUUAUCAGUUUUGGUGAAUCAUGAGUUGUCCAUGUGAUUUUGUGAAUUUGUAAGGUAGCUUCCUCGGUGCAACAGCGUGUCUGAAUAAGCCUUAACCAAGUAGCCAACACUUGUACAUGCAUUGUAUCUCUCGUUGGUUUAUUCAUGUUUUGGCUUGCACCUGUAUCCUUAGCAAUAGUAUGUAGUAAAGACAAUACUUUGGACACUA